CCUUCGCUCGCCGCUGCCUCCGCGCUCUGGGCCCGGUCUCCUUCUCCCUCCUCCCCCUUCCCUUUGCUCCGCUCUGGCCUGAAGCGGGCGCCGCGAUGGCUCCGGCCGCCGACCGGGAGGGCUACUGGGGCCCGCCGACCUCCACCUUGGAGUGGUGCGAGGAGAACUACGCUGUCUCCUACUACAUCGCCGAGUUCUGGAACACAGUGAGUAACCUGAUUUUCAUUCUACCUCCAAUCUAUGGUGCGAUUCAGACCUAUAAAGAUGGCCUUGAAAAACGGUAUUUAGCUGCAUAUUUGUGUCUUACAGCUGUGGGAUUGGGAUCUUGGUGCUUCCACAUGACCCUGAAGUAUGAAAUGCAGCUGUUGGAUGAACUGCCAAUGAUAUACAGUUGUUGUGUGUUUGUCUACUGCCUGUAUGAGUGUUUCAAGUACAAGAACACAGUCAAUUAUCCACUGCUUUUCUUGUUAAUAACAUACAGCUUCGUGGUCAGCAUAGUUUACUUAAAUUUGAAAGAGCCUGUAUUCCAUCAGAUCAUGUAUGGAACACUAGUUUCCAUUAUAGUUCUACGAUCUGUUUAUAUAGUAUUAUGGGUAUACCCAUGGCUUAGAGGUCUAGGCUAUACAUCUUUAACUGUAUUUUUAAUGGGAUUUUUUCUCUGGAAUGUGGACAACAUUUUCUGUGAUAAAUUGAGAGCACUACGAGAGAAGAUGCCUCCUGUUGUGGGAGCUGUGACACAGUUUCAUGCGUGGUGGCAUAUUCUCACAGGCCUGGGCUCUUACCUGCAUAUCCUGCUCAGUUUAUACACAAGGACACUUUUCCUGAAACACAGACCAAAAGUGAAGUUUGUUUUUGGAAUAUGGCCUGUUCUUCUUGUGGAGCCACCCAAGAAGCUUUGACUGAGACCUAGGCAGUCCCCUGCAAUCACCUAGCCUGGCCGAAUAAAGCGAUUCAACAGUUACUAUGGCUGAAGCAUCAAAAUUGCAGAUCAAUUCAAGUACCAUUGCUAUAAAAAGACUUCUCUGUGUUACUAGGCCAGCUGGCCGGAACAGAGCAAAGAGUUGGCACACUAGGGAAAUAAUGUUUAGUACAACUUUAUUCUAAGUUGUUAAAACAAAGAUUAAGACACAAUAUUUUUAUGUAUAUAUUGUACAGCUGAUAAUACUGAGCUAAUAUUUCGUGCUGGUCACAGAAAACUAACCAUUUUUGAAGUGGAUUGUGUACAUUUUUCAUUUGGUUGUUGUUCUUUCUGUGGUUUAAACUAAUACUAGUAACUGAAUGACAAAACUGGGCCAUUGAUGGCCAAGCCUAAGCAUUUGUGUGGCCUAUAGUGAACUGAAUGCUUAACCUGAACUACUUUAAUCUUGCACUUUUAUACAAUUAAUGAAGUAUGUAAUGAUUGAUUUAGGGCUUUAUUCUCUCUUGCUUUUCCACAGCCUCCUUUGCAAUUUAUAUUUUAAGCAAAACGGUUGGGAUACCUGUGCCAUUUGGUUCAUUUUGUACCAAGCUUCCACUUUUUCUUUAGUCCAACUGAGGUACAUCAUGGAGGAUAUUCCAGGGUGUGACCCACAGAAGACACUUAAGAUGGUGAAGCAUUAUAGGGGUUCUUCUUGUGUGUGGAAACUGAAUUCCUAUGACCAGUGAUCCAUCAGGAGACUGCAGAGUGACUGUAUAAACACAAGAAACCCUUUUUUUAUUUUUUACAAUUAUUAUUUACAUGCCUCCCUUUUCUAUCCCUACUUUUUACUCCCCAUAUCCCAGUCAUACUAGAUUGACGAACACCUUAGAUGUGUGCUAGUUCAGCUUUGAAUUCAUCUCUUUCCCUUAUUUUACAAGUCUUAAAUAUUGGUCUGACUUUCAGAAGCAUGUUCUUAUUCAGAAGUAUUGAAGAAAGAAUAAGGAACAAGAUUGAUGUUGAGGAUACCCCAAAAUAUAAUUGGCAGCACUAUGAUUGCUUGUUCUUAAUCUGUCCAUCACAUGGUUACUCUGUGGGGAGUUGAUGACCACCUUUUUAAAACCAGAUUUUGGGGAUUAAUGGGGGGAAAACCCCUCUGGUUUCUGCAAUUUUUAUCUACCCAGCUGAUGAAAGUUAGUAAGUAAGCAUAAAGAAAACAUUGAACUAACACAGUUUUUCAAAAUAUACCUCAUAUUGGAGGCUGUGGUUUUGACUCUUCAGAUCUUGGGGCAACUAACAGAGUCUGUCUCUGGGCCUCCUAGCUGCCAUGCUAUGCAAUUUGUGUUUGCUUUUGAUGCUCUGAAGGAUUCAUCCUUCUUGCCCUGAAGGAAAAAAGGGAAAUGCUCAGACUGAUUAGAAAUCCCAUUCUGCAUUGAUUUAAAACGUGCCCACAGCAGCAAGGCACGGUAAUGUAGCUAUGAAGCUGUCUCCCAGAUCACCAAGUCCUGGCUAGUGUAAGCUUCCUUGCUCCAACUGCUGAAAAACUUGGACUGAAAUCUGUAUUGUACAAUCAGCGCUGACUAAAACAGUCUCCUUCCUUUAAUAUCUUUUUUUAUUCUUUUUUUCCUGUUUGCAGCUUAGCUGCAUCUUUUGUGUCCAUCAGUAGCACUCCUACUGAUGUGAAUCUCCAAAUAAAAUCGUGGCUUUUGUUAUGUGACUGACCCUGGAUUCUUGACAUUAAAAUAGACCCUUUCUUGAAUGAAAAUUUUAAAACCAGUUCCAUAGACAAAGUCAGCAUCUGUGUUGGGAAAUUUGAGUACCCUUCAGACUGAAAGAGGUUGGUAUUACUAGAGUAGAGGUAGGAAAAUGCUGUCUUGGAUCAAGUGUCUUUAAUUAUCCAGAAGGCAUAUUUUUUGUAAAGAGAUUUGAGAACUGUUUUAAAAAUGUAGCUUAAAAAUAAGUGCCUGCCUAUUCUCCUCCAGGCUCUCUAAACACAAUUCUGUACACUGUAUCUGAUUUUCUUAUUUAGUAUGUUUACAUGUUUUCAGAAGUUAGGGAAAGAGUCCUGUAAUAGAAACAGUGCAGCAACAAGACCUAUCGACAGUCACUCGUGACAUCUGCACAGUAUGGUAUUAUUUUUAAGAAAAUGAACAAAACUUUUAUUUUAGUGGCCUUAGUUUUGUUACUGGAGGAUCUGGGGGCUCUGGUUUCCCUGUAACUGCAGGAACCAGAGUGUGCUGAAAAGCCACUUUCUUGUUGGUAAGGCAUCUCUACAAUGGUAAAUUUUAAAGAAAUUUGUUUAUUCUCCUACUCAUUUACAACUGGGAAGUGUAUGUUUCUUUUCAGAUCUUGUUGAAUUAAAUUGUCAGGAUUUAAAAAAAAAAAAAAGGUUGGAAAAGCUCUUGUUUUAAUUUUACGCUGCUGUUAGCUUUUCAUUCACAUAUCAUUUGUCACUGAUGGUUUUAUCUUUAAAAGAAAUUACGCAAAUUGGCUUCUUCCUUCAUUCCAAAUGACCAAAACCAUGCACACCCCCACCACCCUUCCAGCAGUCUUUCUUUGAGUUUACGUUAGACCCUGAAGAAUGUAAUUUACAUGUGUAUCCUUCUAAGCAUAAAUAAUCUAAAAUGAUGGGUGCUUUGGUUUGACUGCCUUACUGAUCUUGUGAGUGAUAUUGAAAAUGGCAAGCCAGUUUUAACUGCAUGUCACUGAAAUUCAGACUGCCUUUUCUAGUGCCUGGAAAGACAUACAUCCUUACUCCUGUAAUGUGUUAAAUGUCUGUUAAAUUGCUUCUUAUUUAUAUCACUCGUUUGACAUGCGAAUUUUUUUCUACAAACCUUAGAGAAGCAUAUCCCAAACUUUUCUUGCACUGCAUCACAUGAGGCAGGUCAUCUUUAAUCCUAUUUUUUGAGUAGGAUUCAGACAGCAGCUACUUUAAAAGGAAUUAGGGAAGUAGCGGGUGUCUUUCAAUGUGAAUCCUGCAGGAGGUAUUGGAUUGACUUAAUAGCAAUGAACUUUUCUAUUCUUUAACAUCCAUGAACCAGGAAAUCUGCCACCUUACGACCAUUGGCUUGGCACAGAUCAGCAACAAGUAGUUCUGUAGACCAUGAGCUGAAAAAUUAUUCCUUGGAAAUAAGAGAAAAAAAGUCCAAAUUACUCUCCCAGUGCAGAUCAACACCAUACCUUAUGCCGGGAACCUAGAUUUUUCUGGAUACAGCUCAAGACGUGCAUUGCCCAGAACUGAAGAUAAGACAUGAUAAACAGAAAUCUGCCAUCAGGAGGAAUCUCAUCCACGUUUUGAAGGCAGUGUUGUUGGCCAGCAGUAUUAGUCAUCUCCGGACUUCAUUCUAAUGCUUUUUCUUUUAGCACAGGGAAGAUGUGCUUGCCCACGAGUAUUUAGAAGACUGCCCCAUAGUCAGAAUUGGAAUAUGCAGUCUAUCACUUGCCGAUCUACCUCUGUCAUGUAUUGUACUAUACCUGUGCCCUUAAUUAUAUCCGCCUGGAUGUGCAGACGUUAGAGCAGCCUGACUUAGACCGUGCAGCCCCUGAGGCUGGUAACAGUAUUGUAUUGAUCCAUGGCUGGCUGUUCGCUCUCCGUAAACAUGACUUCUAGGUUGUGCUCGGUCUGCUGUUCAACUGCGUGCAGAAGUCUGGCUGCUUUAGAAAGAGAUACGAGUAGGAGGACUUUAAUGCAGACGGGUGAAGUGAAACCUUUUUGGCAGUUAAGUUACAUCUAAAGCUAAGAUGCAAACAGUAUAACUUGUUUUACAUGAUUUUGGAAGAGAUGUGAUGGAAAAUACUGUUUUAUAAUUAAUUUUAAUUCUCUGUUAAUCUAAUAUUGUGCCAACUUGUUUGGCUGAAGAGAAAUUGUAUGAUUUGAAAUGCAGUUGAUUGUUUUGGCUGUGGUGCAGUAGCUUCCAACACUUGGUUUCGAACAGCUGAAUGAGUUUUUCAGCUAACUCCUCCAUGUGAAAAUCUUAGCAACAGAAAAUCCUCCCAGUAUCACAAAUGUUUCUCACAGUCACUACCACCUUGCUGAGUCUGCAUUCAGGAAUUUCGGUAAUACUGGGUUUUGUUUGUUCGUUGUGGGUUUUUUUUAAAACUGUUUCUCUCUGUGGAUAUAUAUUUUUGGCAUUUGAUAGCAGGUGGUGAAACAAUUCAACACAACACUGCUCAGUGGAAGACAAGCUCUAACGAAGCAGGAGACCUCAGAAUCCAGGAACACGCAUUAAUUUUGGCAGAACAUGUGCCCCAUAAUUUAAAUUAACAUAUUCAGGUAAAGCAGUUGGUUUACUUAAAAGAAACCCCAUCUGCACUUUGUAAGUAGGCAGUGGGAGGCUUUAACUGCAAGUACUGUUUAACUGUGAGACUUUAGUAUGAAGAGGGUCAACGAUGGAGUCCUUAUUACCCAUGAGAAGCGAAAGCCAGAAGGAGAUUAAGGAAUCUUACAUGGAAAGCGAGUAACAAAAGAUUAAGCACAGAAUCCCGUAAUAUUACGUCAACCACCCUCCUGAUAACUGCACUUUAGAUACUUAUGUAACGAGCCUGAAUGUAUGCUAUUUAUACAUUUAACUUUCCGUGCUGACUCUGCACUCUUUCCGACAGAAGUGAUAUAGCGUCUAUUACAUUUGGUUCAUUGUAGAUUACUUAGCUGUUCUUUUAUGAGGAUGGAACGUGACACGAAUUGUUUCGAUCAUGAAUGAAUACAUUUCUUAUCCAUCCGGAAUGUCCUCUGCCAGCUUUGAGAGUCCUUAACAUAACUACAGAGAACAUACUGUAUAACUAUUAAGGUUGGGUUUGGAUUUCUUUGUUCAGUUUCUCGUUCACGACUGCCUACGGCUGCCAAGUGCCUGAUCCCUUUGUCACAGGUCUUUUCUGAGAGCCGAGGCUGUGUUUUCUCCUGGGAUUCGUAAGACAAGGUCCUUGGUAGGUGGGAGGUCAGUUUGGUUUUUGUUAAAAAUUCUCCUUCUGUGGGAGUCACAGCACACUUUUUAGGUCCUUUCCAGAAACAUAGUUAUUUGUAGUAUGUGGCUGCCUCUGCUUGGCUCAAACUUGAGCCUGACUACCCCAUGUCCCUGCUGCUGUUGAAUCUUUUCAGAUUUUGAGGGAUUUAGCCCCACAGCUGUUGAUUUUAGUGUGUGUAGUUCCAUGACAGGCAGUGUGAGGGCGCAGCAGUCAAGCGAGCACUUUAUACUGGAGCUCCCAGCCAGAUGCUCCAAACAGGACUGGGGAUAUGGGGAUUCAUGUGGACAAUUUUGGGGGCAGGGUUGAUGCCUGAACCUCUUGCAUUACUUCAGAACUCUCCCUUUUUACUUGUUGAAGCUGUCUAGAUUUGAUUAAGCAAGUUAUUGCAGAUUUAAGAAGAACCAAGUUCAGAAUCCAGCUGAUACAAGAGCCUAAGCUAGUGCCUGCAAAAUUUUUCUGCACAUAUUUCACACAGAUUGAAUACACACAUCUGCCUGAUGUUUAGAGCAGAUUGUUGAGAUUUAACAAAUGAAAAAAUAAAUGGUCUUUUGAUUAUUUGUCCUUCAUCGCUGAAACACAUGAAUAGCUGUAAGCACAAUCUCAGAUUCUUCUUUCCCCAAAACCAUGGAACAUAGGUAUGUUCCUCUAAAGCCAAUGUUGAAUAGAGAUGGGUUUUCAUACAUGCUCAUAGCAAAUCAUGUACCAAAAUAUUUUCUAAAUUAAAGCCUUGGUCAGUUGCUGCAGAAGAAUUUUGGUUGUGUAUACUGUUGCUCCCUGGAUUUUGGAAGAGAGUAACAGUAGUUACUCCUUAGCCUGAACAGGAACUGAUUUUUCUCUUGAUCUUCCAAACUGGUGUUGACUAUUUGAUGUUGACUGUUGAACUCAGCUGAAUGCACUGAUGAUGUUUACUGUCUUAGCAAAUAACAUCUGUCCACCUGUAAUGGACAUGAAAUACCCCGCGCAUUACGUGACCAAACUUUCUAACAUUAACACUAUUAGUUCUAACGUGUGGGGUUGGUUUUUUUCCUGAAAUUCAGUGUAUUGUUGCAGAUAGGUAACGACACUGUGACAGAUGAACAGCAGUUGACUCGUAAAACACAACUGCAAUGAGCAAUGCUUAUUGACAAUUUUGAUAUACUGAACUGAUUCUUCAUACCAAACCAGCUGGUAACUAACAUUAGGCUUAUACGUAUCGGCAUAUCUUGUUUUGCAAAGCACAGUAGCUUUGAAAUAUUUAAUGUAUUUCAUUUGUUAUUCAUGCUGCAGUCAAGCACUAAUUUGUGUCUUUAUAGUUCAAAUUAUUAAAGAAUUUUGUUUUAAAUA